UCUAUUAUUAUUAUAAUGACAACAAUUGUUAUGAUGAAUACCUCGGCUUAUUUAUAUGUAAAUUUAUCAAAUGUGUUCUGUUAAACUUCCUGUGCGAACCGAAAGUGAACUGUUUAGAACAAUUGCAACUACAUUACCGACGGUAUUAUAUGGAGUCAAGUCAGCUAACCAACAAGUUUUAACACCUGGCAAACCAGAUUUAACAUCACUGAAGUCAAGUUUUAAUGAAAGAGCUAUGCCGAAAAUCAAUUAUUGCCCCUUUCCUGUUGUUGCUAUUGGCAUUACAUUGAUUCUCAGAUGUGAUAAUCUUCUAGCUUCAGAAGAUCAUUGGCCAUCGGGAAGUUACAGCCUUCCUAAACCAAAAUCAGGUUGCCCAAAAUUUUGGAAAGAAGGAUGGUUACGUCAGGACGUUGAGGAUGAUGCAAAAUCAAUCAAAAGUGAAUUUUCUCCGAAUUUUCACAUGGAUGCAUAUCUAGUAGAACAUGGUCCCGGACAUAUUGAUAGAGGAUUUUGCACCAAGUUUCACAAUAGUUUCGACACGCAUAAACUCAUCCCGUGGCCGAAAGGUUCUUAUUGCAUAUACAGAAUAAACGGCUUUUGCCCGAACGGCAUGGUGGGCGGAUCAAUAUUAUGGGAUGACGAGGACAAUUUGAAUGCCAAUCAUCGAAAAGGCUAUCUCCCUGAUUUGAAUGUUUUUUAUGGAAAUACCCAAUUAUACUACUGCUGUCAAAAUAAAGGGAAAUGGUAUAACUCUAUUCAAUUGCCAACUAGAAAGCCUUUCUAUCUUUUACCUUAUGGUUCACGAAACUGUCAACGUGUAAUUGGAGCUGUUAGUUCUUUGGAAUACAUCGUAUAUGACACUGAAGAUUUUUUAAACGCAGAUCAUUUUAAAGGGCAUCAUGUGUUCUCUGAUAAAAAGAAAAGCUUACCGAGAAUAUAUUAUUGCUAUUAUAAAGGUUGUCAAUACAAAUUACGAAAUGAUAAUGGCUCUUUUGGAUUUCCACAAUCUCCUUUCGCGGAUAUUUAUCCAGAUUUUCAGAUCUGUUCUUGGUCAAUUACAGUCAAUGUAUCUCUAGGAAUUUCACUGAGGUUUCAAACCCUUCACGUUCCUGAUUGUAAUCACAAUUCUUUGGAUAUUUAUAACGGAUCAGAAUUUUUAGCAAGAUUUUGUGGCGAGAAUGCCACUUCAGGAGCUAAGUUGAUUUCAAAUGCAAAUCACUUAAACAUUGUUCUUAAGUCUGGAGACAACUCUGCGAAGAACGAAAAAGAUUUCCCAAAACAUAUUCGAUUUUAUGCAGAUUACACAGCAUUUCUACCUGCAGCCAAGACUGCGAUACCUCCAACAUCAAUGCCAUCAAUUUUUACCAAACUAUCAACACUUACUAAGCUACCAACUGUCACCAAUCCAGCAAUUUCGUCCAAUCAACCCUCAAUGACCAUCAGUGGGCCAUUAAUAUCCACCAAUCGACCACUGAUAUUUAGCGAAUCACAGACAGCCAAUCCACCAUCGUUUACCAAU